CCUAAAAUGCCCACCAACCCAAACCCCUCCAAGCAACUACCAACCCACACCAUCCGCCCAGUCUCUCCAAUCGACCUAACCCGGCUAACCGCCUCCCAACAAGCCAUCUACAACUGUCUCCGUUCGCAAGGCUGGACGGACACACACUGCAGCACCUGGCUCCGAAGCACCGACCACAUGCAGGAGUCUCUAUCGGGGUGGUUCCGCGCACAGGGCUGGAGCGAGGAGCAGCUGCGGGCGUUUCGGGAGCGGUGCGAGGAGGAGUUACCGGUGAAUGUUGCGCCGCCGCCGGUUACGGGGGAUGAUGGGUGGCAGGCGGAGUUUGAUUUGCAGGGUAAGUUGCUUGGGGAGGUGGGGAGGAGGAAGAGGGUUGGAGAGGAGAUGGGGGUUGGGUUUGGGGUUGGGAGGAAGAGGAGGAGGGGGUCAGGGUAGUGAUAGUGAUGUAUGUGGUGUUGAAGGUGGAGAAAGAGGAAGAGGUGUGUUUUUUAGGGUUAUGGAUUUGAUGGGUUGGCUUCUGAGUACGGUUUAUGGUUACCUUUUUUUUUUUUU